AUGUCUGGUAUACCCGAGGUGGAUAUCAUAGAGCAUGAAAGACAGAAGUUCGGUUAUGAAGGCGAAGAAGAACCACCCGAAAAAAUGGCUAAGGAAGAUGAAAGUGUGCCGUUCUAUCCACCGCCACCUAUACACCCCCCACUUCCAUUCAUGUCAAAUCUCUGUCCCCCUGUUCCUCCAUUCAGUCACAUGGGAUUGCAUGGUGUUCCUCUUCCUCCGCAUAUGAACUCAAUACCCUACGUACCCCCGCCGCCACCACCUCCACCUCCAAUCCCAGCACCUCCGCAGCCAGCGACUCCAAAUGAAGAACAGUCUCCUCCGACAACUCCCAAAGCCACUUUCCCGGCGUAUUCAUCUCCAUCAAACAAUGCAAAGACACCUGUAUCCAAAGUGCAAAAACCUGCCCCUGGAACAAAUGGAGCUGUGAUAGAGUUGGUUCAUCCUGAAGAUGAUUUGUCUCUUGAAGAAAUUAGGGCCGAACUGCCGAAAUACAAACGCAUUUUAGAAAAUGCAGCCCAAAAGCCAGCACCAGCUACAUCAGUAGCUCUAACGCCUGCGCUACCUGCUCCACCUUUUAUACCUUCACAGCCACAAGUUGUAUACCCCGCAAUCGCCCCUCCAGUUUCUACGCAAAUCCCGUUCGGUUACAAUCCUGGUUUUAUCCCACCAGUAUUUGGCAUGCCGACAAUGCAACCCCAGAUCGCACCAACACCAGCUCAACUUUCUCCAUGGUCAGGAAUACCUCAGUUGCGGUUUUGA